CAACAAUAAUAGUUGUUAUUGUUACAGCUACUGUUUAUGCCAGGCAUUGAGCUAAGCAGUUGCUUGUUUAAGCCUUACAAACCGUCCUGUGAGGUGAGUACUAUUAUCGUGUCCAUUUUUCAGGUGAGGAAACUGAGGCCCCAAGAGGAGAAGCAACUUGCCGGAUAUGAGCCCAGGCCUUGUCUGGUUCUAAAGUCCAGGGAGGUUAAGCUGGGUCGUUAAGAACUCAGAAUCUGGCCGGAUUGUAAGUUUGAAUCUCGGCUCUGUCACUUAUCGGGCCGUGAGCUUUAGAAAGUAACUGAAUUCCUCUGCGUGCCUCAGUUUCCCCACCUGUCAAGCGGGGAUCCGCAUAUCAGACGCUUCCUCCCUUUCAGGACUCACCUUUUAAGGCUAUGGCGCCGAUGAAGUAGGGCUGGCAGUGCCAGCGCAGGCGCGGAGGAGCGGAGGAGUCCCAAGCUGACUCACCGGGAAGGCACAGGUCUCUCCAUGACACGCCGGAGAUUUAAAAAAUUGGGAACUUCCCUCCCUGGCCCCCGGCCUGUGGUGGCUUACGGCCCUCCCGGGGAUUUCUACGUAGGAGUUCAGGAACGACCAGUGGCCGCCCCGCGCGGGCAUAGUCGGUAGACGCCCGCCGAGCGAGGAGGACGCUCGCUCCUGCCCAGCUGUCCUGCUCGCUCCCGGAGGAGCCCCAGCAUGGCCAGAGCCGCUUCCUCGGCCUGGCCGCACCUGCUGCUGUCGUUGCUGUCGCUGCUGUCGCUGUCCUGGACGCCCACGAGAGCCGAUACCGAGACUAUCGUGCUGCAGGCGCCACACCAGGUGCGCAGCUUCCUGGGCAACAAUGCGACGCUGCAGUGCAAGCUGCAGACUCAGAACAGCAACGUGCAGGUGACGCUAGUGACGUGGAUGCGGCCGGACCCAACGGGGAGACCCGUCAGUAUAGCGGUCUUCCACCCGACCCAGGGCCCCAGCUUCCCCGCGCACCCCAGCUUCCCGGAUCCUGGUCGCUUGGAGUUCGUGGCCGCCAGGCCCGGGGUAGAGUUGCGGGACGCAACGCUGGCUGUGCGGGAAUUGCGCGCAGAGGAUGAAGCCAACUACACCUGCCACUUCGCCACGUUCCCGCAUGGUAGCAGGAGCGCUGGUACCUGGCUCCGCGUGCUCGCCCAGCCCCAGAACAAGGCUGAGAUCAAGGAGGACCCGCUCAGCCAGGAGCCUGUGGCCUGCUGCGUCUCCACAGGAGGUCGCCCGCCUGCCAGCAUCUCCUGGUCCCUGGGUGGGGAGCCCAAUACCAGCCAGGCGGUAGGACCCCUGCCUGGCACAUUCACCGUUACCAGCUUAUUAACCUUAAAACCCUCAAGCCAGAUAAACCUCAAGAAUAUCACCUGCAUCGUGAAGCACGAGACCUAUGAAAAGCCUGUGACCCUCCCUGUGCACUACCCCCCUGAAGUCUCCAUCUCUGGUUAUGAUGGCAACUGGUACCUCGGCCAAAGUGAGGCCAACCUGAGCUGUGAUGCCUACAGCAACCCAGAGCCCACAGCCUAUGAGUGGACCACGUGA